AGCAGUUUCUUUCUUUCAAGACUCAAGAAUACUCCUUUCCGCCAUCGUGGCAGCGUUUAGAUUCAUCAUGCAGCCGUUUCUGCUCUUGUUCCUCUCGUCGGUCACGGCGGCGAGCCCCCUGACGGCGCUCGACAAGCGGCAGCAGGCGACGUUGUGCGAGCAGUACGGCUACUGGUCGGGCAACGGUUACGAGGUCAACAACAACAACUGGGGCAAGGAUUCGGCCUCGGGCGGCCAUCAGUGCACCUACGUCGACAGCAGCAGCUCCAGCGGCGUCGCCUGGCACACGACCUGGCAGUGGGAAGGAGGCCAGAACCAGGUCAAGAGCUUCGCCAACUGCGGCCUGCAGGUGCCCAAGGGCAGGACCAUCUCGUCCAUCAGCAACCUGCAGACCUCCAUCUCGUGGUCCUACAGCAACACCAACAUCCGCGCCAACGUGGCCUACGACCUCUUCACCGCGGCAGACCCGAACCACGCGACCAGCAGCGGCGACUACGAGCUCAUGAUCUGGCUGGCGAGAUUCGGCGACGUCUACCCCAUCGGCUCGUCCCAGGGCCACGUCAACGUGGCCGGCCAGGACUGGGAGCUGUGGACGGGCUUCAACGGCAACAUGCGGGUCUACAGCUUCGUAGCGCCCAGCCCCCGCAACAGCUUCAGCGCCAACGUCAAGGACUUCUUCAACUAUCUCCAGUCCAACCAGGGCUUCCCGGCCAGCAGCCAAUACCUUCUCAUCUUCCAGGCGGGCACCGAGCCCUUCACCGGCGGCGAGACCACCCUUACCGUCAACAACUACUCUGCAAGGGUUGCUUAAACAGGAAGGCCGAGGAUGGCCCCCAAGGCCGUUGCGGGUUCACGAGCUCUCUUCUUUUCAAGUGCUGUACAUACAUAAUUAGCGUACCAAGUCAUAGCUGUUUGUCAGCUUCAAACUAAGUGCUCGCCCACAAAAGAGGGGGGAGGGGAAAAUAACAAAUUGCCGAACGCAGUGAUAAGCUUCUGGGAGCGUUGAAAGCAGUCUACAGUAGGUGGCUGUACGAAGGAAAAGAGUGCCUUAUUAAAGCUAUCUACAAAGGAGACAAAACGACUGAUAUUUAUAGACAAAGGGACUGGCCAAUGCGUUAAACAGCCUCAUACAGCUGUAGCAUAUAUAUGGCUAAUACGUUUGGAAGCUCUAUAGCUUCCGACACACCCCCU